AGCUUCCUUCUCAGUCAGGCUCGACACCCCGUUUACCGUCAACAUUCUCACUAACCUCACUAGUACUGUUCCAGAACGUCUGAUGCUUUGGGAGUGAUGUCCUACCUUGAAGAUUUCGAGACCACGCUGAAAGAUGUCGUCAACGCAAAGCGACUGUCAGCUUCCAAGAUGGCGAAAUUGACUGAAAUUGCAAUGAAGUCCGUGGAGCACGACACUAAGCUUGUUGCGAUACUUUAUCGCACUCACAAGUCACUGUCUAGUGCUGCCAAAGUGUCAAGUCUCUAUGCAUUUGAUGCUCUGGCACGUGCUGCCCGAAGUUAUGCCACAAAGCGCGGUAUCGUCGGUGACAUAAAUUCAAGCACCGGGAACGCUGCCACUUUCCUGCUCAAAGUUGAAGGUGUUUUGGAUGGUCUGUUCCAAGACAUGAUUGCGCUCGAUAAUGCGGAAGCAAAGGAAAAGACGAAGAAAGUUCUGGAUAUAUGGACCAAAUCAAAUACUUUUCCUUCGCCGGUUUUGACACGGCUGAGGGAGAUGAUGGACUCUCGAAAAGAAUCCGUGAAAAACCCAACGCCUCCCAUCACACGAGUCGAAACUCAAGCACUGCCGAGAAUUACCACCCCUUCAUCAACUACCCCAUCCCAGGGUCCAACACCUCCUCUUCCAGAAUCGGUGCAGUCCACACUUUUGGCUCUGCUUGGACAAGCUGCACAAGCCGCCGGGCAGCCACGCAUCCAAACACCACCAAACACUGUGUCUGCCCCACCCCUCUCUGGGCACCUAGCGUUGUUGCAACAGCUGGCUUUGACAGCAAACGCUCCCAAUGGUCCUCCAUCGCAACCUGCAAUCCAAGUCCCUUUGCAACAUACACGACCCUUGUCUGUGCCACAGCAUCCACACCCAUCUCAACUAAACAGCCAGCCGCAACCUUAUUCUUCCUCACACACCCAACAUGAUCCUAGAAGAGAUUCUUGGCAGGGCCGUUCAAACCAAUUUGAUCAAGGAAGAGAGCGUGAUAGUUUUCACGAUUCCAACCCGCGCGGGGGAUUCCAGCGUGGGUUUCGUGGUCGUGGUCGGGGCCGGGGUAGAUGGGAUGAUCGUGACCAUGAUCGUUUCAAAGAUAGGGAUUGGAAUUCUUCACCACGACCAAGAACUAGCCGUUCCAGAAGCCCACGCAGAUUCAAUGGGCACCGGCCACGUCCGUAUAGUCCGCCUCAGAGACCUGCAGCAAGCAGAGAUGUAGCCCAAGAUCAAACUUCGGCAAAACUUCCUGAGCCUGGAAAAGACGAGUUCGGACGAGAUAUUAGACCGUCUUCUGCCACACCUCCUAGAGCCGCAUCAGUCGAUGCUCAAACCCAGCCUCCGGUGGUUCCAUCUGUAGACCUUGCCCGUACGGCGGCACCCGAAAAUCGUGUACCUGUAUCAGACCAGUUGCCUUCGGUAGCUGCCAGUACAUCUACACAGAAAGUCGAACCUCGUAAACCGAGUUCGGCGCCAGCGCUGCAGCAGCCAGGACUUGAUCAAUUUGAUAUCACAACGUUUGAUUUCACUGCGCCCACAUCGUGGGAAGCAUUGGGAAAAAUGUGGCACAGUACUUACGGCGAUACACCGACUCAAGAAGAACUCAUGCAGUUUAUAAUGACGGGUGGUGUAGUCGCGUUCACUGGUCAGGCAAAUGCUGUGCAAACUGGUCAGUGGCAGGAUCCAAGUUGGGGCGCCCAGUCCGCAGGUCAUGGACAUGGAUGGCAGGGAGGCAGAGGCCGAGGCCGAGGAUUGAUGGAUGGACGUACUAGUGAUACUCAUGGGCACGGCAAUCACCGAGACGGUGGACACUGGGAUGAAGAUACUCAACACUCGGACGCCAUAGUCCUUGGCGAAGCAGGCGGCCAGAAUGGUGGUCACGGUGAAGAUCAAGCUUACACGGAUCUGGCGCAAAUGGGAAGAGAUGACUUGCCCAACGUAAACCCAGAUGAUCCUCAAAACGUGGGUUCGGGUCGGAUGCAACGAGUGGGCGAUAAAUGGGUCUUGACGCAAGAGUCAGGACAUGAAGCAUGAAGGAUCCGACCGAACACGGUGUAUAUUAUCUCUUGUAAUUAUCGCAUACUCAUACAGCACGCAUGCAGAAUCUGAUUUCUAUGCCUACCGUACUACCACUUAUCACCAGACAAUGCACUCUAUUUCCCAUUGCCUUGUCAAGUACAGAUGGAGGUCGGCGUAGCUGACACUAUGUAGCGGCGUUCAUGUUUUACACUUGAAAACUGAGUUGUGUUCCACUUUAACG